AUUCCUCGCUACAGCUCCUUCACACUCUUCACAAACUACUCGUGCUCUCAUCUCUUGAUAUCAAUCCAGCAAGAACACGGCGCAGUGCGCUCUCUCCAGCGCGCGCUCAUCGCAACAAGACUCGCCAACUCAUUUUGGAUUUGGACGAGACCAUCGCCAAGCCCACGUACCCCCGUAACGUCAGGUUUCGGUCCGGCCCUCGCCGCCUCUCCGCCCGACCCUCGUCCAUCCCUCAUCAACUCAUCAGCACCACAACACAAACAAUUCCAGCACUCCAUCACCAGCAUCGAGGUCAUCAGCCACCAACCCACAUUCCCUCUCACUCCUCACAAUGGAGGCCGCUAGAGCAGCGGCGUGGCUCGCCGCGCGCGCCGAUCCCACCGCCUCUGCCUCCGCCUCCUCAACCGGCAGCGCAGUAGCCGCGUCGAGCUCCGGCUCCGGAUUGAGCGUGGGGUCGAACCCCUCGUUCAAGAUCGUCGGCGUGUGUCUCGCUGUUGGCUCUGGGCUGUUCAUCGGCGCCUCCUUCGUUAUCAAGAAGAAGGGGUUGCUGGCGUCGACCGCCAAGAGCGGAAACGAGGCCGGCGAGGGUCACGCAUAUCUCAAGAGCAAGAUGUGGUGGACAGGCAUGAUCAUGAUGGUCAUCGGCGAAAUCCUCAACUUUGUGGCGUACGCCUUCACAGUAGCGAUUCUCGUCACACCACUCGGUUCCAUCUCGGUCGUUGUUGCCGCCGUUCUCUCCCAUUUCUUCUUAAAGGAGACACUCACAUUCUUUGGCUGGAUCGGAUGUACGCUGUGUAUCCUCGGCUCGGUCAUCCUCGCACUCAAUGCACCGCAGGACCAGAGUGUACGCACAAUCAACGAGUUCAAGCAUCUAUUCAUCGCCCCGGGCUUUCUCGUGUGGGCUGGCUUGUGUAUCAUCGCCUCGCUUGUCCUCGUGUUCUACGCCGCUCCACGCUGGGGCAAGACCAACAUGAUGCCGUAUAUCUCGGUGUGCUCGCUCAUUGGCGGCAUCAGUGUGUCCUGCACCCAAGGUCUCGGUUCCGCCAUCAUCACCUCGAUCCAAGGCGACAACCAGGUCAAGAACUGGUUCUUCUGGUUCCUCUUCGUCUUCGUGGUUGUCACGUUGUUGAUCGAAAUCAACUACCUGAACAAGGCGCUCGAGCUGUUCAACACGUCCAUGGUCGUCCCCGUCUACUUCUGCUACUUCACCAGCGCAACGAUGGUCACCUCCUUCAUCCUGUACAAGGGCCUGAAAGCGCCCGCACUGGAUCUCGUGACCAUGGUCCUCGCCUUCCUAGUGACGUGCUUGGGCAUCACGCUCCUCCAAAUGUCCAAGGUGGACCCGAAGGCACUGAGCGGGCUGGACCGGCGGACGACGAUGCUGCUCGCAGCCUCGAAGCACGGCACAGAGGCGGAGGAGAAGGGCGACGUGCGCGCGAUGGAAGAGCCAGGGAUGGACGCGCUGCGCGGCGGCUUCGGCGCCGUGGGGAGCAUCAUCCGCGCGCGCUCCGUCAGCCGGCGCAUGAGCAACGCGUCCACGACGCCGUACGGCGCGGCGCGGCACAACACGGCCGGCCUCGCCCACCUCCCGCGCUACCAGCUGAGCGACAACCCGAUGCCGGAGGAAAUCGCCAUGUCGCCGCAGACGACGGGGCGGGCGAGCACGCUCAAGUUUGGCGCAGAGGACACCGUCCACCAGUACGCGUACACGGAAGGCGGGCAGCGCGGGACGGGCCACAGCGACGCAUACCACACGACGCGGCAGAGCAGCGGCGUCGCGAGCUCGGGCUCGGCCCUCUCCCUCCCCCCCCUCCGCGAGGGCGUCUCCCCCACGGAGAAGUAUGCCGACCCAUACCUCUCCCCGGGGCUGCACCACCAGGCCGAGCGCAAGACGUCCUUCUCCCAGCUCUUCAAGGGCCUCACGGCCAGCAGCCCUACCGAAGAGCAUCCGCGCGCCGGCCGCGGCGUCCGCUAUCCCCAAAUGCGGGGUGAGGACGCCUCGGAGCGCGAGGAGCGCGUCGCCCUCGUCGCUGAGCCCGAGGACAUACGCUCCGAGCCGGACGAGUAUGGCGAGGCCGACCUCGGGUCGCCGCCGGGGCGGCUCGUCGCGCCGCUCGGCGAGGGCGUCAGCGGGAGUGGGAGUGGGAGUGGAGCAUCAGGUCCAAGAAAGCCCAUGGGGCCGCGGAAGAGUGGGCAAAACUUGAGCAUCGACACGGGGAGGCCGAUGGGGCCGCGCUAGUUGUACACGGACGCUUGAUGCGCAUUCGCGAUUCUUGAUCAGAUGACCUAGACCUAUGACCUAUGUGAAAGUGUGCAUUAUGUUACAUCUAUCCUGCUCGCG